CCGUUGUGAAUGUGGGAAUGCGGUUGCCGGAGGCAGUGGACAUUGCUGGACAGUCGGCGGGGAUGUGCGCACAGAGCCGGCAGCACUCAGCGGCGGGUUGUGGUCCAAGUUAACGGGCUAUAGCGGGGAUGCGGGUGGCAGCCCGGGACAGCUGCGUGUCACCGGGUGUUUUUCCCCCGCCUUAUCGGGGAUUUUCUGCCUUUGUAUGGGAGACGGAAUGAGAGGGAAGCCAGGAGAGAGUCCCCGGCAGCUCCAUGGAGCCACGCAUUGCAGGCAGUGUGACAGUGGAGUGAAAUGAAAAGUGUCUGACACUCACUGCUGAGAGCUAAAGCUGCUGCUGCUGCACACAGACGUGACAGUACGCAACACCGUCAAGUUGUGGAGUAUUUGAAGCCCAAAGCAGCAUCAUGUUCUACGGCUCUUCCUCAGGGGCGAGUAUGUCCCUCCCGUCCAAGAGCCGCCUGAAGCGCCAGAGCAGGACCUUCACACAGGUCCUGUACCGUACUCUGAGUUACAGAGACCGAGUUCCAGCAGAGGCUGGCACAAACACCCGUGGGGACCGGCGCUCUACCACUGAACCCCCAGAGCGGCCGGUGGACGACCCGGCUGAACUCUCCACACAGAGCUCGGCCCCCGGGGUGCUGAAGAUAUUUGGAGAUGAGAUAUGUGCCGGUGCCAACUACAAGAGCGUCCUGGCCACGCCGCGCUCCAGCGCUCAGGAACUGGUCAAAGAGGCACUUGAGCGCUACUCGCUCAACAAGGAUGCGGCCCACUCUUAUGUCCUGUGCGAUGUCAUCGGACGACUGGAGGGGGGAGGGGGGAUCGGAGGAGGGGGCUGGCGGACUGAGUGCUUGCGCGCGCUGGGGGACAACGAAAAGCCACUGUUGCUCCAAGAGCUGUGGAAGCCCAGAGAAGGACACGCUCGCAGGUUUGAGUUGCGCAGGAGAGCAGAGGUGGAGGAGCUCAAUGCCAAGGAGAAGGACACCAUCACUGCUGGGCUCAAAACCCCCCAAUUCCUGGCGGCUCUAAUGGGUCGGUCCGGACUUGGCAAACACAGAGGCUCCCCCCUACGGUGUGGUCGAGUGGUACAAUCCAGCUCUAAAGACAUCAACGCCCAAGCUCGUAAGCUCCAGAGGAACAGGGCGAAGGGGACACUGACUCUGCCCCGCUCCAGCAACUCAUCCUUCUGCCGCAGCCUCAGUGAAACCAGCCUCAACCAGCUGGGAGUAGGUGAGGAGCCCAAACGUUAUUACUCAACCCUGCCGGGGCCCCUUAGGGCCCGAGAACGUGAAUUGGCCUCCAGUGGCCGGAGAAAAGAGGAGGGGACUCAGGGAGGAGGAGGGGUGAGGCACUCUCUCUACCAGUCCCCACAUCUCCUGCUGCUGCAGGGAUACAAUCGGCAGGACUGCCUCGUUUACCUGCUGAACAGAGAGCAGCACACAGUCGGCCAGGAGACUCCGUCAGCUCGCCCCAACAUCUGCCUGUUUUCUCCUGACAUCCUGCCCCUGCACUGCCGCCUGCGUAGAGUCCCUGCGCCCCGUCGCCAUGCCAACAACAACAAGGGAGAGGAGAUGGCGGAGAACCAGCGUUUCUGCGUCGCUGUGGAGCCUGUGCUCCACGCCACAGUUCUGGUGAACUUUUCCCGCUGUGAGCGCUCCACCACACUGCGGCACGGUGACCUCCUGUCAUUUGGAGCGCAUUACAUCUUCCUGUACAAGGACCCCACAGGCGCUAAGCCUCUGCCAGCUCAGACCCUGGCACGCCUUCGCACGCUGGGGCAGCUUUAUGAUAACGGGGUGGAGGAAGGAGAGGGCGGAGCUCAGACUUGUAAGAUGUGUGGUUCUGUGCUGAAGGACAGAGCAGUGCAGGCACUGAGUGCGUCUGCAGUCAGACGCAGCUUCAAACCUCACCUGGUGAAACCCCGCUGCGGGGGCACAUCAGCAGGAGGACCUGUUAGUUUGUCAGGAGGGGAAGGAGGAGGAGGAGGAGGAGGAGGAGGAAGAGGAGGAGGUCAGAAAAGGAGGCUACAGCUGGAGUUUGACCAGACUCAUGAAGACCAACUGUUGAAUAGAAUCGUGUCCCUCAUCGAACCUGGAGGAGACGACCAUAAGCUGACACCAGCCUACCUGCUGUGUCUGUGCAUACAACACUCUGCUGCAACGUUCCCACCUGGGAGUUUUGGAAAACUGCUGCUCAAGAUUGUGCGGCGCAUCCAGACAAUCGCAUGGGAGAAGACAAAGGAGCUGGCACAGAAGCAAGCUCAGCACCAGGACCCAGCCUCCCUGUCUCUGCUCAGUAUCUCAGACUUACUCCCAGACCUGCAGAUCAUCUUCUUCUGGAUGUCCAACUCCAUUGAAAUCCUCUACUUUAUACAGCAAAGAGCACCAGCGUACACACACAGCAUUGAGACACUGCAAGGGUCCAAGGAGUCGUUGCUAUCGGCGACCAUCUCAGCCAAUGAGGAGGCAAUGACUAUACUGGAGGAGGUGAUCAUGUACACUUUCCAGCAAUGUGUCUACUACAUCACCAAGGCUCUUUAUGUCGUGUUGCCAGGUUUGUUGGACUGCAAUCCAUUCCCAGUGGACAGCUCUGAGCCCUGCUGGAAAGGCGGCGUGGGGUUUCCUGAACCUAUACGCAGGGUCCUGCAGGUGUUUCAAAAUGCCCAGGAGCUCAUGCAGGUCUAUGAAGUCCACUCUGAGAUCCAGGCUCAGAUGUUCGCUUACCUCUUCUUCUUCUCCAACGUGUCACUGUUUAACCAGCUGAUGGACAAAGGUCCAUCCCGAGGUUGGCUCCAGCGGUCCAAGGUGCUGCAGAUUCAGGCAUGUUUGCGAAUGGUCAUGGAGUGGGCGAGCAGGUCCAGUCUAGGACAUCUGGCUGACAAGUUCUUCACCAAACUCAACAGCACCGUUUCCAUACUGGCCACACCCCCACAACAGCUCACACAGCGGAGUUGGCGAGCACUGUCAAGUGAGCACCCGACUCUGAAACCGGUCCAGCUGCACCGGAUUCUCACUCAGUACCAGCUCACAGCAGAGAUAGGCCCUGUUCCAACAUGGCAACCCAGCAGCGAGGAUGAGGCUUACAUAUACAGAACAGUGGACCUCCUGGAGAGCUUUGAGAACCACCCCCCCAUCGUGUUGCCCAGCGCCGGGUUCAGAGUGGACUUGGACAGCGAGUGUGUGGAAGACAGCAUCUACAGACAGCUGCUCUACAUCCGCCAUUACCUGUGGGGCCUGCGCACCAAGACGCAAACACACGCCAGCGCUCCCACCGUGCACACACACUCCAACGGAACCAACACAGCCGACUUGCAGAGGGAGCAGUUGCCCACGGCCCACAGCAGUCCUCGCUCUGCGGGUCCCGGGGACGAGGCGAUGGCAGAGACGGCAGAGGACAGGGGACGGGACAGACCCUCAGGCCAAACACAUACACACAGCCUCAGAAGGAAUGGCACCAUACACCACAUACGAAUGGCAAACCCUGACCCGUCCUGCCUCUUGACCCCUCCUAACACCCCACUCUACCCAGAUGGAGUAGGGGUAGGAGGAGGAGGAGUGCACACCCAGACUAAUGGCUGUACCAGCAGAACUGCAACAGAAUCGAAGAAGACCAAUGGACUCAUCGCCAAUGGAUUGGAGGGUAGGCUGAAAUCUAUACAGAAGUGCACAAAAUAACAGGAACACAGUGAUAUGAGAGAAUAUCAUGGGGAAACACAAUAAUCUGUGGCCACAAAACAGUAUAAGGAUCAUAAAGUAGUAUUUUGUAGCUUAAUACACUGUGUUUUUGCUAUUUUGUCAAACUCUUUUACCUGUUUUUGAAACGUCACCCCAGAAUAUCCCCAUUAAUAAUGGAUUUUCCUGUUUUGAAUUGCUGCACAAUUUGUCAUUAGUAGCACACGGCAAACAACGUACAUACUGUACAUUUCAGUGAUGCACAUUCUCUUAUAUAGAGAUCUUAUUGUUACAAACACAAUGUGGAUGCACAUGAUUACAAAUAAGAUUGUGCUAGUGCUUUUUAA